AUGGAUCCCUACGGAGGCGGUGGUGGUGGCUACCAGCAGCAGCCCCCCUACUACCAGCAGGACGUGGCCGGGUACGGCGCGCCUCCCCAGCAGCAGUGGAAUGCCGGCCCGCAGGGUGGCGGCUUCCCUGGCGGCCCACCCGGGGAUUUUACGCCCCUCGAUUUCCCCAACUACUACUCGACUUCGGGUCCACCCGCCUAUACCACCUCCCCCGCCUGGGGUCCUCCUCCGCAAGGGGGAGGCUGGGGUGGUCCACAGCAGAGUGAUGGCGGCUACUAUGGGCAGCAACCUCCUCGGAUUGAGAUCUACGGUGGCGGUCCUCCAGCACAACAGCAGAACUUCGUCGCAGGCCCGCCCCCCAGCUUUGGCCCCUCGUUGGGAGCUCCGUCUACCCAGGUCUACGGCUCCGCUCCUCCUCUUUCCCAGCCCGCCCAGUACUUGACCUCCCCCUCUUCCAACUACGGCGGCCCUCCGCCCUCGACCGUGCCCAUGUCCUCCGGAGCACCCACCUCGCACUCGACCUGGACACCACCCAACAGCAGCGGUCCGUAUGGCUCGGGUCCGUACCAGUCGACACCUCCGGCGCCCUACGGCAGCGCCGCGGUGCCGUCCUCGCCGUCGCUCGGGCCGCCCUACGGCUCGUCCGACCCGACGGCCCGUCCGCAGCCAUCGCUCGCCGACCUCAUCCCGCCCUCGAUCGGCGUUCUGGGCUGGAACAGCCCUGCGGCUGCUGCGCCCACCUCGGCUCCGGCCGCCGCAAUCUACGGCCAACAAAACGACUGCGCUGGCUCCCAGCAGCAGGCGCCGCCGCCCCAGGAGGAGGAGCAGCAGGACCAGUGGUGGACCGAGAAGGGCUGGUGCGACGAGAACGGCCUCUGGUGGAGCGAGGAGGAAUGGGCCAAGUUCUACGAAGAGGAGCGGCUGCGCAAGGAGAAGGGGGAAGCGCUGAGGAAGGAGCAGGAGGAGGUGGAGGCCAAGAAGCGUGAAUUCCUGGAGAAGGCCAAGGAGCUGGCGGCCAUGGAGGAGGAGCAGCGGCGCAAGGAGCGCGAGACCCGGCGGCAGGAGCGGCGUCAGCAGCGGGAGGCCGCGCUCAAGCUCGAGGCCGAGCAGCGGCGGCUGGCCGACGAGGAGGCCCAGCGCCGGGCCAUCGAGGAGCAGCUCCACGCCGCGACCCAGCAGCAGGAGCAGCAGCAGCAGUCCGACACGGCGGCCGACGCCGAGCGGGCCAAGCUGCGCGCUGAGCACGAGCGACUGCUGGCCGAGGAGGAGGCGCGGCGCAAGGCGCUGGAUGAGGAGCGCGAGCGGCUGCGGGUCCUUAAGGAGGCGGAGGACCGGCGACUCGACGAGGAGCGCCGGCGCAUCAACGAGGAGAAGCAGAAGCUGAUGGCGCUCGCGGCGGAGCUUAACGUCAAGGCCGAGUCGCAGAAAGAGGAAGAGGAGGAGCUGCGCCGGCAGAAGAAGGAGAAGAAGCGGCUGGCCAAGGAGAAGCUGCGGCAGCAGGAGCUCAAGCUCAAGGAGGAGAAGGAGCGGCUCGAGCAGGAGCGGCUCCAGCUGGUCGAGCUCGAGCGCGCCCGACAGGCGGCCGAGGCCGAGAAGCAGCGCGAGGCUGCCGAGGCCGCGCUGGCCAAGGAGCAGCGCGACAAGGAGGCCAACGAGCGCCGCAUGCAGGAACUGCUCGAGGCACAGCGCAAGCAGGCCGAGCAGGGCGGCGCCGAGCUGGCGCAGGAGAUGGCCCGGCUCAAGCUCGAGGAGGAGCGCAAGGCCCAGGCCCAGGCCGACGCCGAGCGGCGGCUCGAGGAGGAGCGCCAGCGGUUCGCCGACAUGCUCAAGCGCAAGGAGGAGGAGCUGGCCGCGCUCGAGCAGUUCAUGCGCCAGCAGGAGCAGCGCCUCCAGGAGGAGGCCGAGCGCAAGCUCAAGGCCGCGCUGGCCAAGGAGCAGCUCGACAAGGAAGCCAGCGAGCGCCGCAUGCAGGAACUGCUCGAGGCCCAGCGCGUGCAGGCCGAGCAGGCCGCCCAGGCCCAGGCCCAGGCUCAAGCCACAGCCCAGGCUCAGGUGGUUCCGGCCGCGCCGCAGGAAUCAUCGGCUUCGCCCGCGGUGGCUGAUGGCAUGCCGCCGCCACCACCGCCGGCCCCGAACGCGCCGCCUGCGCCGCUGCCUCCGCCCCCGGCGCCGUUGGCCCCAGCUGCACCGGCCGUCCUUCGAAAGGUGGAGGUCGGCGACCAGCCACCUGUCCCAGCAGGCGAUGGCGGCUCGCUGAUGGACCAGAUCGGCGCCAUCGGGGCGUCCAAGCUCCGCCAUGUGUCGGCCGAGGACAAGGAAAAGGUCGCCUCCGCGAAGAAGGGAGACGAUUCGGACUUCAUGAGCCUGAUGAUGGCCGCCAUCGGCUCGCGUCGUACCGCCAUAGAAACCAGCGACAACGAAAGCGAAGGCGACGACGACGAGUGGUAG